UUGUUAGUCUUCUUCCUCCUCCACGACCUUCUUCAGGUUCUUGCUCUAUAUAUGGCUGCCAUUGGAACGGCCAGUGACUACAACAACUACCAUUUGAGCCACAAGCAUUGGCAUUUGCGAGAGACCGAGCACGAAUCAAAACCUAUAGUAGAAGAUGAAGCUUGUUGGGGGCCAGAGGAGGCAGAGGGGGUUCGGCAAGGCCCUCAAGGAGCAGAGGGCAAGGCUCUACAUCAUCCAGCGCUGCGUCGUCAUGCUCCUGCGCUGGCACGACUGAUCUAUCGAUCGGUCCAUGCCAUGGGGAAGCUUCAUCCGACAACAUGGAUCGACCGACCAAAGUUUUGGGUUCUGGAUCUGUGCCGUGCCAGAAUGGUGCCGGCUGUUGUACAUAGAGGCGGCCAGUAUAGGGUAGUACGAGUUUGAGGUGGUAGCAGUAGGAUUCACUCUAGUGUUCACCAGUGUCUCUCCCUGACAUGUUAAUGUACAAUUACAUCAGUGUGGAAUGCCGAAUCAACCAAACAGAACAAGUCAUUCGAUCAA